UGUGUAGGAGUGUGGUAAAAGUAGUGGUGGUGUCCAUUUUCCUCCUGCAGUACACGGCUUCUCUCAGAUGAUGUACGACGUCGAGGAAGGCGACCGAGCAGAUAUUACCUUCGAGAAGAACGUGAAGGGAACAUCGACCUUUAGCAACCUCGACCUCCUACUUUUGGGAUACAUCACUUCAAAGAGCCACUCUGCAGAAAAGUGUGACUAUGUGGACAUUGGGAAAGUAAAAACCCUUGGAGAAGGCCCAACAACAUUCUCUAUGGUGACCCUCAAUGAGAAUAAAUCGCCCUGGAAGUACAGCGAUCAAGUCGUUCUUAAGUUCAGUGCAGUCCACAAAAGCACAUUCAUAGAAGAACUUGAAGCAUCUGCGAGUUCUCUAGCGACAAUAGUGUCCUACGUGAACAUUCCUUGAUAUGACGUAACUAGCGAGUUUCCCUAUGCCAGCCAACUGCGCUAUAAGAAGGCCCUCAUACAUGCUGGUGUUUUGCAUUUGCAGAUCUGGAUAUCCACUAAUCGAUCCCAGGCGUUCACGCAAAGUGCAAACUCGGAGGGUGUAAGCUGGGGAUAAAGACGUCAUAUUUUACCAUCGGACUACAGAGGAAGAUUUCACACUAACUGUGACACCAGUCGAGGCAUCAGAAGUCAUGCAUAUGGGCGGUAGAAUGGCACACGAAAAUAUAUGCCCCGCAACAAAAGAUGCUGACUUUUCUGACGAAGAGAAGAUCGCUAGUACAACAUCUCCUAAUGUAAAAACGGCCAGUGGUGUAAUCAGUGUAGAGGACGACGAUAUCAACGAGAAUCCUCAAGUCUUUUUCCUGCUGGCAGAGGUGACGCUGGACUCACAUCUCCCACUGACAAAAGUUUGCUUCAAAAAGCAUGAAAAGGACACAAACUGCACAGGGAAUGGAACAGCACUUGUUAGAAUCCUCGAUAAUGACCCUAUGUACAUUGGGUUCACAAUGAGGAGCGAUAGUGUGAUUGAAUCUGAAGGGACUCGCGUGAUUGAAAUCAGCUCAAACAUAAUGUCCGAGAGAACCAUUCAGUCGAGGUUGACGUAAUCAUGACCAAGAGUACCGCGACCGUCACUAGCAGCCCGGAUCCAACGCUGACGCCAGCAUUAGAAACCUGGUGAAUGGCGAAGUAACAGAACUUGAGUUAAAGGCUGGAUCUAGGGUGUUAAAUAUCACCGUGCAAGUCUUGGACGACGCGAGACCCGAAGGAAAGGAGUGCUUCAUCUUGAGAAUAUCUCCAAAUGAUGCACUACCUGCACGACUUCAAGUGCAAGAAACACCAGGGAGCUGAAGCACACUACUGUCACUACAAAUUCUGCAUUGAAGAUGGUGGAGAUGAAAACCCGUGCCGUGCUAAAUUCACUGUCACGGAUGUUACGGUCAUGGAGAGUGAACCUGCAAGGAUCUGUUUGAACCUCACUUGUCCAGAAAGCACCGGGAACUACAUUUUUGUUGACGUAUACUCUGAUGACAGCAAGAUUAACAACAAACUACUUGCAAAUGGAACUUUCCCCAGCAUUGAAUGUAUGUAUGAAGAGGAUAUGUAUGAUGACUACCCAAAGCAGCUCCAGGGCUGUAACGUGUUGAAAGAAAUGCGAAUUGAGCAGGACAGCGAGCAGUGUUUCGAACAGGAGAUCAUAGACGACAGUCGUGUGGAAAAGACUGAGUACACCGCUCUAGCUCUGCACCUGAGGGAGAAUUCUGCCUACACCAAUGUGACUGAAGAGCACGCCACAAUCACAAUCAUAGAUGACGACGAUGCUACUGUGGGCCUAGAGGAAAUGUUUUAUUCAGUCAACGAAGGGAGACAGCCUCGAAGUGUGUGCCAGUGUGACAUCUCCAAACAUCGAGUGUCCUAUCAACUAUGAAUUCAGUCUCACAAUCUCUACUGCUCCUAUUAAUGCAGUACCUGGUGUGGACUAUGAGCGUCGCAACGAGAAACUAUACUUCGCACCAUGUGACACAAGGGCAUGCACCAAUAUAAGCACUAUAGAAGAUGGCUGUAUCGUGGAGCUAGUAAAGAAUUUCACAGUUAUGCUGCGAAGGGAUACAGUUGACGGAAUAAACAUAGAGCCAUCGGAAGCAAGUGUUGGAAUCUAUGACAGUGAUGUGGCUUAUGUGCGAAUCGUGGGAGGCAGCAGAGACUUGCCCGUAAAUGAGGGUGAUGGUUAUGCGAGGUUGUUCUUGGCAGUCACUGAUGAAUUCGGCUCAAUGACUUGCCGCGUCCAGUUUGACUUUACUGUUGCUGUGUACACCGAAGCAGGAACUGCCACAAUUAACAUUGACUACGACCAUAUCAGCAGAAAUAUUCAGUUCAGUACAGAUCUUUCAGUGCUCGUAAAGAUAAGAAUCAUUGACGACGACACAGUGGAUCGUUACAGGGAGGAGACCUUUCAAGUCAUCUUGCAAAACACACCGGGCGUGACGCAACGAAUCAAGCCGGUCAGGACACCUGUAACAGUCGUCAUAAGAGAUAACGAUGUUGCAACAUUUGGUCUAGAGAGAGCUUCCUGCAAGGUUGAUGAAGCUGUAACACUCACGGUGUGUGUGGUUUUCCGUGGCAUGGAACGAGACUGCCCUGUGGAGUUUCCAUUCGACCUCAGACUUGAAGCAAGGGCUGUGACAACAACAUCAGCGGACCACGAUCCCAAUGUGACCGACAUCACAAUUGGAGAGUGUAGUCGGUCAGAGUGUACAAAUAUAACCGUGUAUGACGACAGUUCCCUGGAACUUGACGAAACAUUCUACAUUUCCCUGCUGAAGCUCCCCAACCACGACGGACGAAUUCGGCUUGAUAUUGUGAAGAAAACAGUCACUAUAGAAGAUAAUGACCACAUCAGUAUUAUUUUUAAAGAUCCGGCAAUAUCGGUGGAAGGCUUUCCCAUACAAGUUUGUCUGUUGAUUGAGGGAAGCCCCAGGAGUGAUUGCCCUUCGUUGGUUGCAAUACAAGUUCGGCUUCGGACUCAGGACGGAACUGCAACUUCCAGAGGGAGUCGCCGUGACUACGUCGCAGUAUCAAGAACACUCACAAUACCUGUUUGUGCAAAGGAAUUCCGCUAUAACAUUUCAACGAUUGAUGAUGGAACAGUGGAGAACCACGAAUAUUUCAACGUAACCUUGACACAUGGUUCCAAUAGGGAUUUGAAUGAGAGAAUCAAUAUCCCUACACCCACUAAACGAUACGAAAUUCUUGACGAUGAUAUGGCUGUUGUGGAAAUAUCAGCCCCUACAAAUGUGCUGGAGAAUGCGCGGAUACUCAGAGUAUGUCUCAAUGUGAGGAUGCUGGGAAACAGACGGUUUUGUCCGGUAGCUUUCGAGUUCACUGUCUACAUCGUUAAAGAAGAUGUCACUACAGAUGCCGCUGACUAUGAUAAAAGCAGAGUUGACGUGACAUUCAGACCCUGUGAUGCUCGGGAGUGUGUAGAUGUACCCAUAAUAGAUGACUGCAGUCUUGAAAGAGAUGAAAACUUUACUAUUUCGUUGGAACCAGAAGUGGGCCUUACAAAUAGGAUCAUUACAAACGAUAGUCUCACAGUCACUAUUGAAAAUGAUGACAACACUUUCAUUGAGAUGGAGCAUGCCGUGUAUAAAGUUUUCGAGAAUGCAACUCAGAUUGACGUUUGUGCUGUUAUAAGACCAGCUGGCUGCAAACCAUCAAUAGACUUCCCUGUGCGUAUUUUCACUGUUCCCGAUAGCGCAGAAGCUACAGGGCUAAGUGCAGACUUCGUGAGCGCUGAAACAAAUUUGAUCUUCUCUUCGUCCGUCAACAAGGCGUGCAUUACCAUCGACAUCCUUGACAAUAUUCAGGUGGAGCAUCUCGAAGAAUCCUUCUACGUGACUCUGGAACGAUUACCAAAUACGCCUGAUGGGGUAAUGCUGCGGCGUGAUGAGGCCGAGGUGAUCAUCGUUGAUGAUGAUAAGGCUGAGCUGGGCUUUGUGAUGUUGGCUUACACAGUCAAUGAGGAAGACGAUGACAAAGUUGAAAUUUGUGUCGACGUCAAGAGUCCAGAUACCAUUGAAUGCCCUGUGGUGUAUCCACUAGAGUUCAUUGUUACAGUCAAUGAUAACACUACAACUAAAGGUGAAGACUAUGUAGACCCAGGCUAUGAUGAGGACGACCCAUUCCGAUAUGAUGCUUGUGCUCGAGAGAACUGCUUCACAAUCGACAUCCUCAACGACAAUAAAGUAGAGGAUAUGACUGAACAGUUCGAUGUGACGUUGGAGUUUAGCGGUGGGGGAGGCACAGCUGUUACAUUUCAGCAGGAUACUGCAACAGUCACCAUCAUUGAUGAAGAUGUUGCCAUGGUUUCAUUCACCAAGACACUCUACAUCGUCGAUGAAGGAGUUGACAGUGGCAAAGUUAGAGUGUGUGCUGAAGUCGUGCCACCAGUGGACUUUGACUUCUCUGUCAAUUUUACAACUAAAGAGGAAGGGUCCACUGCAGUGGUCGAUGAGGACUACACUGCCACAAAAGCAACUCUGCAAUUUAGUGCUGGAAGUGACGAGGAAUGUAUCGAUGUACCCAUCCUGGAUGACUGCAUUUUGGAAGAACUGGAAUUUAUCAAACUUGAACUCGGAAAUAUCGAUAACAAUGGGCCUGAAGACAAGAAAAGCAGGGUGAAAACAGACGGUGGAGACAGCAAAGUGAAGAUCACAGAUGAACAAACCAUCUAUGUGAGCCUGGAUGGGCCAAGGAUUGUGCGUGAGGAUGCAGGAACAGUGCAGAUAUGUGUCAUCAUUCAAGAUGAUGAUGAGAGAAGGCCCUGCAGUCGAGAUACAGAUUUCGACAUUACAUUCUUUACAGUAUUCGACAGCGCAGAUGGGGAAGACUUUGUGGCUGUAGACAGCCGUCAGCUGACAUUCCAGGCAUUCCAUAACAGGGUUUGCACCAGUGUUACCAUCAAUGAUGACGAAAUGCUGGAGCAGACAGAGUCGUUCAAAGCAAAAAUAAACAUCACCCAUCCUCAUAGUCACAUUGCACUGGGCACUUCAUCAGUGGAGAUCAGCAUAGUUAACGACGAUGAGGCCAGUGUGGGACUGGAGAAUGCGACAUAUACUGUGGUGGAAAAUGAGUUGAAACUCAAUGUGUGUGUGGUGGUGUAUGGUCCGCUCAUUGAAUGCCCCAUUGUCUUCCCCUUUGAGUUGCUGUUUGUCGCAACUCAGGACACUGCAUUCCAAGGAAGUGAUUAUAGGGUCCGAGACCCUACUCUGAGGUUUGGUGCAUGUGCUAAGAGGCAGUGUCUGAUGGUAGAUAUAAUCAAUAAUGACCUCAUUGAAGACACUGAAACCUUUACCCUCACCCUACAACACCCGCCUAGAGGAAGCACAGACGAUAUCAUGCUAGGCCCUACAGUGGCUACUGUUACCAUCGAAGACGAAGAUGUGGCGAUUGUCACUUUUGACCGAACGUACAGUUACCAGGAAACAAGUGGUAGUUUAACAAUCUGUGCAAGAGUGGUCAGCCCUGCAGUGUCCUGUCCAGUCGCCACUCCUUUCUCCCUGACCUUAGACGUUUUCGAUGGCACUGCCUACAACAUUUCCGACUAUGUGGCUUACAGAACGCAGACAAUAGAGUUUGCCCGUUGUAGGAGAAGUGCGUGUGCUCCCCAUCGUAUUACCUUUGUCAACGAUCGCAAUGACGUGGAGGUUGAGGAAGUGGAGUCAUUUCACCUCUUCCUAACCAGCAAUUUCCCUCUUGUCACACCUGAUCCCUACACUGCUGAAGUCAUCAUCCAUGAUGACUCAGAAAGGGCUUAUGUCCGACUGGAGCAAAGGGUAUUUACUGUGACAGAAGGAGUGGAUGCGACAGUCAGUAUAUGUGCAGAGAUUUACAACCCCACACCAGCCCAGAGCUCCUGUCCAGUUGUCUUUGACUUUGUCAUAAAUCUAUCAGUUGAUGGGGAGGACUUCCCAAUGGCAUUUAGGCCGUGUGCUUUCAGCUCAUGCGUGUCCCGUUCCAAUUGACGAUGAUCAACAACUUGAGCUGACAAAAAGAUAUACGUAUCGACUGGAGAGAACUGAUGAUCUUGACAGAAGGAUCAUCGUCAACACUGCCUCAGGAACACUCACAGUCAUUGAUGACCCCACAGAUGAGGCGGUAUUAAAGCUGGACAAAACAGCAUACAGUGUCCAAGAGGAGAAUAGGACUGUUACAGUCUGUGUUGAAGUUGACAGCCCAGCUAUAGAUACUCCAAUCGAUUUCUCCUUUUCCGUUGAACUCAACACUAUUGACGGCACUGCUGUCAGCAUAUCCCGGGGAAAUGUCAGAGCUGAUUUCAGUGCUCAAAGAAGAAGAUCACUCUCUUUUUCUGUUCGUGAGACGAGAGAGUGUUACAACGUAGGCAUCACAGAUGAUGACACCCAAGAAGACACAGAGAUGUUUACUGUCACUGUCAAUAGGACCUCUAAUCUGGACACCAGAAUCAGAUUAGAAGACAAUGUGGGAGUGGUGUCCAUCAUUGAUGCUGACAUGGCUACAGUGGAGUUUGAAAGAACGGCGUAUGCAGAAAACGAGAAUGCUGGACAAGUGCUAGUGUGUGUGGUUGUCACCAGUCGACAUUCCUACUGUCCCGUGGGCUAUGACUUCUCACUAGUACUUGGAAACAUACCAGGAAGUGCAAGUAAGAUAUCCAUCCUCAUUUCAGUUAGUUACGUAAAUGUGUCUGUACUUGAGGGAAUGGGGAAGACCAGCUUUUGUCUGGGAGUUGUAGCUC